GUUGAAGUACUCAUACCUACUGCUAGCACUGCUGAUCACAAUGUGCAACUGAAAAUAGGCUACCCAGUUCAACCCACACACAUUUUGUAUGAAUUGAAUACAUAGCACGCAGAACAUUGAAUGUUACAUGGCGACCACUGAAGCUGGGGCGGCUCAUGUGCCACUGACCAGUGACCCGUGACCCCUGUGAGUCUGUGACGUGUCCCCGGCAGGGGUGCCGCCGAGCGACACGGGCUACAUCGUGGGCCUGGCGGUGCUCGGCUGUGCCGUCCUGGCGCUGCUGGUAGCUGUGGGGAUCCUCUACGGAAGAGGAAAACGGUCCGGACCGCCGCCACAGCACAACAGUGGCACAGAUACCGACUGGGAGUCGGGCAGAGCCGCGGCUGGUGACGCCGCUGAUGGCCCUCACUCGCGAACCGCUCUGAAUCAUCACUCCGAGGUCAGCAGCAGCGCCCCCUCGGCGGCUCCUAGCUCCUACGACAACCGGGCCUUCAGCGCAGAGCAGCCGGCGGAGCUGGCGAGAAUUCCAGAGGAGACGGACCGCCUGCAAAAAUCGCCUCCCGCGGAGAGUUCCCUGUAUCCGCCCCUGCCGGCCGACCCGCCGGUCAGCGGCGCUGGCGCGGCGGCUCAGCCAAUGGGGACGGAGGGGGCGGCGCCUCCGGCCGAGCCGCGGCCCGACUACGCGGCCAAGUCGGUGGGCUUCAAGGACACGGUGCUGUGCGUCACCCCCGUGGAGGCGGCCGACGUUCAGCAGGUGGACGACGACGACGGAGACGACGACGGAGACGACGACGGAGACGAGGACGGAGACGGAGACGGAGACGGAGGGGCAGGGGAGGACGGGCCGACUGCCUCCGGGGACGAGGGCGAUGAGCGCCUGUAGCGUGUACCGCUGGGCGUGCAGUCGCCGCCGACACGGUGUGCGCCCUGCCGCUGACACGGUGUGCGCCCCUGCCGCUGGCACGGUGUGCGCCCCUGCCGCUGGCACGGUGUGCGCCCCUGCCGCUGACGCGCUGCUGCGUACUGUGAUGGGAGGGAGGGGCCCUCAGUGCAGUGGCUGCUCGAUAGGGACUGAUGGCCGGCGAAAUAGCUCCAGCGUCCGUGGCCAAAGGCGACUCCGUGAUUCUACUGUACUGAACCGGGCUGCCCUGAGGCUAGUGACCGCAUCACUACUGAAAUGAUCAGGUGGAUUUUACGAAAAUGACGAUAUGCUGCUGGCUGAUUGAAGUGCACCGCGGCCUAGUAUGACGUGCAUUUACACGGCUGCACUAUCGUGAUAACCAAUGUGAUACGGCCGACUGUAUCAUCUGAGGUGCCAAGUUCACGGAUGCUGAUCCAUUGCGACGCUGUACGCUUGGCUGAAGGGAAUAACGCAAGGCACCGUGCUGGGUGAGUCUGCACCUGCUAUUGAUGUAUACCUGUAGUAUGCUGGUAAGAUCAGGGUUAGCGUGAGUCGCUUCGCGUACCGCCGCGGCCCACUGAUCCACCACUGAGUACAGCGCGGUAAUUUGGGGUACAUGUUGGCACGAGGGACAGGAGAGGUCAGGCGGCCACAGUCUUGUGUCACCCACCCCACACAGUCGCCAGGGGGGGGGGCGGCAGGAGGGACAGGACGUCGCGGGGGGCGGGGCGGCAGGAGGGACAGGACGUCGCGGGGGCGGGGCGGCAGGAGGGACAGGACGUCGCGGGGGGCGGGGCGGCAGGAGGGACAGGUCGUCGCGGGGGGCGGGGCGGCAGGAGGGACAGGACGUCGCGAGGGGCGGGGCGUCAGCGAUUGAUAUGAUAAUCCGCCGCCGAUCGUAGGACCUGUGCCAAAGAGAUUCAGGGAUAGCUGUGAUAUGAGGGAAUGAAUGUGACCGGUACUUAAUCAUUGUUAUCAAACCCUCCAAAUGAUUUAAAAUAAAAUACAUGAAAUGU